AUGGAUGACCGUAUUAAAGUAGUGGUCCAUCAUACAAGACAUUUUGUUAGUGAUGAUAAUGGUAAUUUAAAAUUUGAUGGAGAGAUAACCCAAUGGUCUUGUGAUCCAGACCUCUUAUGCUAUUUUGGAAUAAUAGCAUCAGUGAAAGAGUUAGGUCAUACAGACAUUAAAGAACUACGGUACAGUUUAGGAGGUCAGUCAGUGGUGCCAGAGAGGUUGGAAUUAUUGACUGAUGAUAGGGGUGCUUUGCAUAUGGUUAAUAUUGCAAUGGUAAAUGAUGAAGUUCAUUUGUACGUUGUUCAUAAUAAGAAUGAACCAGAAAUAACUGAAAUGAUUGAAUGGGUUGAUGGUGCUGUUAAGGAUGAAGUUGAUGUUGCAACACAAGUGGAGGGUGAGGGUGAGGUUCAAGUUGGAACAGAAAUGGAGAAUGGUCAUGGUGAGGGAAAGGUUGAGGGUGAGGAUGAGAGUCUGGUUGAGGGUCUUGUAGAGGGAGAGGUUGAGAGAGAGGCUGAGUGUGAGGUUGAGGGUGAGGCUGAAGUUGUAACACAAUUGGAGGAGGGUCCUGCUGAGGGAGAAGUUUUGAGAGAGGUUGAGUGUGAGGAUGAAGGUUUAACACAAUUGGAAGAGGGUCUUGCUGAGGGAGAAGUUGAGAGAGAGGUCGAGAGAGAUGUUGAGGGUGAGGCUGAAGGUUUAACACAAUUGGAGGAGGUUGAGGUAGCUAAUGUAGAUGAGGUUGAGGUGCAUGAUGUAGAUGAUUUCAAGCUAGAAGACGUAGAAGAAGAUGAGGAUGCCGAUGAAAAUGUAGAAGAUGAUGAGGAUGAAAAUGUAGAUGAGUCUAGUAGUGAAGAAAGUCUAGUUGAAAGGCAAAAAACAAAGACUCCUGGACUUGGUUCUUGGACCUUCUCAUUGGGGAUCUUGGUGGGGAAGCUGUAUGUGAAGCAUGAUCUGUUAACAGCCAUUGAUGCACUUCUACCUGGGGUAGAACAACGAUUUUGUGUUAGACAUUUGUACACAAACUUUAGAAAGCAAUUUCCUAGAAAAUACCUUAAACGUUUGAUGUGGACGGCAGCAACAACCACAUAUCCACAACUAUGGGAGGUUGAAAUGAGGAAAAUUAAAGAGAUUAAUUUAGAAGCAUUUAAGUAUUUGAUUGCAAUUGCACCAAGAUGGUCAUCAUAUCAGUUAUUUGAAAUCAUCCACAUUUCACAAUUUGGGGACCAAUUUGUUGUCAAUCUUGACAAGAAAGAAUGCAGUUGUAGAAAAUGGUUAAUUACUGCUAUUCCUUGCACUCAUGCCAUCACUGCAAUGAAGUUCUUGAAUGUAAAUGCAGAAGACUAUAUUGGUAAUUGCUAUAGGAAGUCUACGUAUGAAGAGACCUACAACUCCAUCGUUUACCCUAUCAAUGGUCAAGUUCUCUGGGAGAAAACUUCAUAUCCAGAUGUCUUACCCCCAAAGAAGAGGACAAUGCCUGACAGACCCAAGAAAAAACGAAGGCUAGAGAGUUGGGAGUUGAAGAAGAAUGAUACUGAAUUAAGAAAGGGUGGGAGCAAAAAAGCAUGUGCUGUUUGCAAACAACUUGGACACAACUAA